GUCAAUUUCUGAAAACUAAAAGCAUACCAGAAAAUGGCAGUAUCCCUCUCCGCCACCGGUGUCCGGCAAUUACGAGGCAGCUCGGGAUUGACUCCCAGGGACUGGAGGCCUGUCAAUGGGGAGUUGAUGGGGAAGAAGUUAAAUUUCAGUCAGAGGGUUCAAAGCAAAAACAAUGUCAAGUCGAGUAUAUGCAUGACCAUCACCACCAUUGCUACAGGUGAGGCAAAGUUGAGGGACCUAGAGAUGGAGAAAAGGGACCCGAGGACAGUUGUGGCGGUCAUACUGGGAGGUGGAGCCGGUACUCGCCUUUUCCCUCUCACAAAGCGCCGUGCGAAACCUGCAGUGCCGAUUGGAGGAGCGUAUAGGCUGAUUGAUGUGCCAAUGAGCAACUGCAUCAACAGUGGGAUCAACAAAGUCUACAUUCUGACUCAGUUUAACUCGGCAUCACUCAACAGGCACUUAGCACGUGCUUACAAUUUUGGAAAUGGUGUUACCUUUGGAGACGGUUUUGUUGAGGCACUAUCAGCAACUCAAACUCCAGGUGAAGAAGGUAAGAGAUGGUUCCAGGGUACUGCAGAUGCUGUUCGCCAAUUUCACUGGCUCUUUGAGGAUGCAAGAAGCAAGGACAUCGAUGAUGUUCUCAUUCUAUCUGGAGAUCACUUGUACCGAAUGGACUAUAUGGACUUUCUUCAGAGUCACCGGCAAAGUGGUGCAGAUAUCACAAUUUCCUGUCUGCCCAUGGAUGACAGCCGUGCCUCAGAUUUUGGAUUGAUGAAGAUUGACGGAAAAGGAAGAGUCCUUUCUUUCAGCGAAAAGCCUAAAGGGAAUGACUUGAAAGCAAUGGCAGUAGACACCACAAUUCUGGGAUUGUCUAAAGAAGAGGCUGAAAAGAAACCAUACAUUGCUUCCAUGGGAGUAUAUAUUUUCAAGAAGGAGAUCCUUUUGAAUCUUUUGAGGUGGCGUUUUCCAACAGCAAAUGACUUCGGAUCAGAGAUUAUUCCUGCUUCAGCCUCAGAAUAUUACAUAAAGGCAUUUUUAUUUAAUGACUACUGGGAGGACAUUGGUACAAUCAGAUCUUUCUUUGAAGCAAAUCUUGCGCUUACUGAACAUCCAUCACGGUUUAGCUUCUAUGACGCAACAAAGCCAAUGUAUACCUCUAGGAGAAAUCUGCCACCAUCGAAUGUUGAUAAUUGCAAGAUUGUUGACUCAAUCAUAUCACACGGUAGUUUCCUAACCGAUAGCUUCAUUGAGCACAGCGUUGUUGGCAUCCGAUCCAGAAUUAAUUCUAAUGUCCACCUAAAGGACACUGUGAUGCUUGGUGCUGAUUACUACGAGACGGAUGCUGAAAUUACAUCUUUGUUGGCCGAAGGCCGUGUUCCUAUUGGAAUAGGAGAAAAUACAAAAAUCACAGGCUGCAUCAUUGACAAAAACGCCAGAAUCGGAAAGAACGUAGUCAUCGCAAAUUCAGAGGGCAUACAGGAGGCUGACAGAUCUUCAGAAGGAUUUUACAUCCGAUCAGGCGUUACAAUCCUAUUAAAGAAUUCAACAAUUAAGGACGGAUUAGUGAUAUAAUGUUUUUUUUUCUUCUCCUGUUUUGAGGAUGAAAAUGAAGAAUCGUCAAAGAUCAACAUUUCUAAGCAGAGAAAAGGAUCAACAGGCUUGUAUCACCACCAAGCUCUGUAAAUGUGAACACAUUGAAACUUUUCUGUAUCUUAAAAUAAAGAAAUUUUGGUUCAAUGCUG